CAAGCAGUUUGAAAGCCCCUGAAAGUCCUAAAGUCAUCAGCGGGGACAUGGUUUGCAGCAUGUAUUUUUUUUGAUGCAAUGGUCAGUCAGAUUUGCUUCAGAGACAGAUUAUUCCCAGAUUAGACACCAAUGUCCUCUGUCCUUGACUGAAAAUCCUCUUUCACCGUGGACUGGGAUCUGAGAAACCAGCCCUGCAAAUAUCAGCAGAUUAAACGUUUCAUGUCACAGUGACAGCUACGGGAAAAUCCUGCUAAUUUAGUCGUUUAAAAGCACAGAUGGUACGAAUUUGAAUACUAAUGAAACCAAACAUGAGAAGGUGAGCGGGGAUUGGUCAACGAUCCGCUUAAUACCCGCCUUCUGCAUUCAACAGCCAAUCACAGCUCAGUCUGAGCAGCAGCGCAACAUAAGAAAACCACAUUUUUGUUGUGUUCAGACAUGCAUGUGUGCUUGUUGAUAGUAAAGAGUUGACCUUUGACCUGGUUUACAGUCUCUUUCUGUUCUUAAAGCUUUUCACUGCUUGGGGCCUGUGUUAUACAUCCACGCUGAGACCAGCUGCAAUAACUCUGCAAACAGCCUCUGUUUACUCACUUGGUUUAUUUUGUAAUCUAAUGAUCUUAAGUGUUCUUAAAUGCCUGAAUGCAUGUAUAUUUUUGCCCAAACUUUUUGUCGUCCUUACUGUCUUCUUCCUCACGUUGCCUGUUUCUUUUGCCCUGUGUGAGGUCAUUACUAAUUUAUUCCUUCCUUUUGUGGUGUCUCCAACAAGAGCUGAAAGCUGAAUGUAGUACAGAGCCGCAUCUUAAAAUAGCCGACCUCUCUUCUUCUCUCUCCUCACUUCAGUUCACUCAAGCAUGACUGGUGUAGUUUUAAAGAAAGCGGCUUCAGGUCUAUAGAGAGAGAGAGAGAGAAAGAGGCCAUACAUCGAGAACGAGAAAGACAGAAGUGAAGAAUGAAAGACGACCGGUUCUCAACCCAGUGAAUUGUGGGUAUCUGUCAGCGUUGCUUCAUCGCUGAAGUACACACUCCUCACAACACACACAAUAUCAGCCUGAUGGCCUUGAGCGGCAGUGCAAACACUGUCUGUCCUGUUUGAUUUGAGUCUAUUGUAUUUGUGUUUAGGUGUGUGUGAAUCUUUUUGUACACAUGCUCAGCCUUUCAGCUACAAAGAGCUCUUUGUGUGGCCGGCCUCUGCACUGAGCUGAGCUGUGAUUGGCUGAGAGCUCCAAGCUUACAGGCGAUUGGUUAGGCAGCUUUUACAGGAAUCAAAUGGGGUUUGAUUCUGAUUUAAAACCAGUAUGAGGUGCAAAUACACACACACCUGCACACACUGGCUUUAACAUCUCCACAAUGUCCAUCGCUGUGAGUAUAAACCAGCUAACCGUCAUUCUUCUGUCUGUGCACCUCAUUCCAACCAAUCCGGUGGCGGAGCAAAUGUCACUUGGUAAAAGCAGAAAGCGUGUGAAUCCGGUCCUCCACACGGAUGCUCCCGCUCCAGAUCCCAUCCGAGACUCUCACCGGUACUGCAAUUACCCCAACCUCACCGAGCACGGCUGGGAGGGUCACAGUCCGGCUGACUACAGGCUGCUGUCGGUACACGUGAUGAUCCGACAUGGAGACCGUUUCCCUCUGUACUCCAUCCCCAAAACCAAGAAGCCUGCCAUUGACUGCGUCCUAUCAGACAAGAGAAAGCCCUCUCACCCCCUCUUGGGCUCCUUCAUUAGUCACAUGGCUCUCGGUGGGCGUGGUCACUGGGACGCAUCACUGGGAUAUCUGCCCCGAUUACCCAAUCACAGCACCUGUGAAAUGGGAGAGCUUACACAGACAGGAGUCGUGCAGCACUUGAAAAACGGCGAUCAUCUUCGCCAGGCCUACAUCAAGCGUCACAAUCUGCUCACUGCUGAUUGGUCGCCGCGGCAGUUGUGGGUGGAGACUACAGGUAAAAGCCGCACCCUACAGAGUGGAUUGGCCUUCCUCUUUGGCUUCCUGCCACGUUUCGAUUGGUCACGGGUGACGGUAAGACAGCAGUGGAGUACGCUGUUCUGCGGUUCCUCGUGCGACUGUCCCGCGCGGAACCGGUUCCUGGAGCAGGAGCAGCGCAGGCAGUAUCGGCAGAGGACUGCAGACACCGAACUGGAGCGCACAUAUGUCACAAUGGCGAAGACGCUGGGAGUGGCCACAAAAAUUCUGAGGGCGGCCAAUCCGGUGGAUGCAUUGUUGUGUCACUUUUGUCAUGGUCUUGCUUUCCCAUGCACUAACACACGGACUACAUCAAACGUUCCGGAUGAGGGGGCGUGUCUUACACUGCAGCACUUUGCUGUGAUUCGACGGCAGCAGAAAGAUGAUGAACUGGAGCGGCGGGAGGCGGGGCUUUAUCGCCGAUAUGCUGUGCUCGCGGCACAUCCGUACCUAAACCGCACCGCAACGCGGAUGGAGAGGAUCGCCAGAGCAAGCCAAACACGCCGAGGAACGGAAGAGGUGGUCUUCGCUUUAGCAUCUGCUCACGACGUAACAAUGGCACCGCUGCUAGGCGCACUUGGUCUGGAAAGGGCCGGAUUUCCAAAGUUUGCAGCGCGGCUGGUGUUUGAGCUGUGGAACGGACCAGAAGCGAAAGACGGUGAUAGAAAACGAGGACAGUGGUUGAAGAACAUGUUCAUCCGUGUUCUCUAUAACGGAGAGGACUUGACCUUUGACACAUCCUUCUGCCGUGAACACAAUCGACACUCUGCUCAGCCGCUCUGCCCUCUGGGUAAUUUCAUGUCGUUUGUGAGAAAUGAUAUGUUUAAUAUUGUCAACGCGACGAGUUACAAGCAGGCCUGCCACCAAACUGUCCUGUAAUAUGUGAACGUGAAUGAGCGAACGGCAAGGAAAGAUGAGGAAGAGGUAUGAUAAAUAUUCUGUCAUCCUUCAAGUCCUUCCAAAACUAUACGACUUUUAGUGGAAUGCAAAUGACGCUUUUGAUAAAUAUUCAAUGAAUGCAAAACUUUCAAGCUCAAAAAGCAAAUAAGUUCCCUAAAAGUCCGUAUGACUUCUGCACUAUAUUCUAAUGAGUUCGCAGGUGCUUGUUACUGAAUGCACUCGUUGUGCAGAUCAUUGUGUCCUGAAGAAGAACUAAAAUCGAAUUUGGAGUAACAUGAAGGUUAAAAAAAACCACAUAAUUUUCAGUUUUUGGCGAACUGUUCCUUUAAGAGGACUACUAAUGUUCUUGAUGUAGUGUUAUGUUUGCGGACCAAACAACUGUCCCUGCACAACAUUGGUUUUGGUGCAUUUUACUAAUCUCGCUGACUAAAUUUGAAGCAUGAAGCAUUUUAAGCUGUAGACUGUGACUGAGUAUGAAAAUCUGAUUUAUGAUUCAAGAGCUCCUGAAUCCAGACAAACACAAAACAAUCAGGUGUUGAAACACGACUUGCCUUUAUUUUGAGUCAAUGAUCUAGGACCGCUGCACAGUCAUUAUGACAAUCCCAGUGGUUUUACUAAAUAUAAAAAAAAUGUUUUUAGACCACAUUUCUGAAACACUUUUAGGGCACUUGGCCACUUUAUUGCAGAGUUCCUGCAGUGAUCAGGAAUCUGAUGUUAUUUCAGUUUCACAUCUCCUCGAUGAGUUCUCACUUGAAUAGUAUUAGCAGAAUUACUUGUUUUUAACACAAUCAUGUUGUCCUGACUCAUUUCUCACACAUUUUGUGUUCUUAAAAUUUCUUUGAGUGCUUUCCCUUUGUUUACACAUAAUGUAGACGUAAAACAAAGGAGUGGUAGUAAUUCUGAGUACUGUAAAACUGAUUCAGUCAACUUUUGUAUCAUGAAUGAUGUUGUGAUCAGUCUGUACUGCCACUUUCCAACCCUUAAAACACAUUUUUUAAAUAAAAAAAAUCAUUUCUUUCUA